AUGGCUAGGCGCAGAAUAUUGGAGGACAGCGAAGAGGAACACAGGCCCUCGCAGAGCCCAGUACCGUCUUGGCCGACAGACACGAGCAGGCCAGCCCGGAACAUACGAACCACGACAUUGAGACGUGCCAAGCUUGAGGACUCUGAUGUUGCAGCAGCAGACACAGAAUCCAAUGGCAGCGAGAAGGAGAAGACAAGAGAUGCGCCAAAGUCCAAGUCUCAGAUCCGGCUGGCUCCUCUGAAGUCUCUGGAACAUCGUCACACCUUGACCAUCCAAGAUGACACGCCUGCGCGAUCUCGAAAACGUGGACCGUUAAGACCCUCGACAACCACGUCUGAGAAGAUAGUAUUGCCUAAGCAGAAAUCCAGACGAGCCCUUACGCCGGAGAUUCCCUCCAGCAUACCCUCCGACCAAGAGGUGGACGAUGACAAUGCGGAGCAGCAGUCUCAGACCGAGGAUAUUGAUUUUGAGGAGAGCAUAUGGUGUGGGUCCGAUGGAGACGCUCCUGCUUCAGACGAGGAUCUUCCAAGUCCGAGCACAUUCUUUCCAGCUGUGCGGAAGAGGGAAGAUCAAUGUGAUAUCUCGCGCGAUGUGGCAGCGCUUCAAAUUUUCGAUGAUGAAGUCCCACCUCCUUUCAAGCCGCUGAGCAUCGACUUCACACGAAAGCCUUCGAGAAUAGUCCAUUCCUCUGACAAGGAAAACCAGAGCGCCCUGGAUCACCCCUCUUCCCCAGGGUACAAGUACCCGCAGUCUUCUAAGAAGAUAUUGGAGCGGCCUACGACUCCUCCGCCCGCAACAGAAUCUCCGGGGAAGCUCAAAUCGCCAUCAAAGCUGCAGUCUCCAUCCAAAAGAGCACCACGAGUUCCAACACCACCACUGCGACCGAGUCUUGAUGCGUUCUGGACAGCGGAAGCGGUGAAUGAUUGGAACGACCAGUACUCGCCUCAGAAGCCGCUGAAGUCGCCCCGCAAGCUCUUUUCAACGCAGCCACCCGCCCUCGAUAGAGAUGGAUCGUUUCCCAAAGUUUCACCUUGCAAGCUACCCCAAAGCCCAUCGAAGCGCACAAAGGCUGAAGUGCAAGCUCGAAAAGAUUGGGACAUCCGAAAGCAUAGUCUGGCCUCAAGUUUCCUCGCUGAGCUAGAUCAGACAAUCACAGGCGGCAAGGUGUCAGACCUGAGUGAUAGUACAGGGGGCGUACAACUCGUAUGGUCCAAGACGCUCAACUCGACAGCCGGGCGGGCAAAUUGGCGCCGCGAGACGACAAGAUCGCACUCGAAAGAGGACCCCACAAAACUGAUUGCGGUUCAUAAGCACUUUGCCUCAAUCGAACUCGCUGAGAAAGUUCUGACCUACUCCGAAGAAGCCGAGACCAAGCUCAUCAACGUGAUUGCGCAUGAGUUCUGUCACCUCUGCAAUUUCAUGAUCUCUGGAGUCAAAGACCAGCCUCAUGGUGCGAGCUUCAAGCAAUGGGGCGCCAAAUGCUCGAGAGCGUUCGCGGAUCGGGGUAUCAAUGUGACGACCAAGCACAGCUAUGAGAUUGAAUAUAAGUAUAUUUGGCGUUGCGAAGAUGAGGAAUGCGGUAUGGAGUUCAAGCGCCAUUCGAAGAGCAUUGAUCCGAAGCGACAUAGAUGUGGCCAGUGUCGAGCCAACCUUUUGCAGAUCAAACCAGUCCCUCGAGGAGGAGCGAAGGCGGGUAGUCAGAACUCUGGCAAGGCGACUCCAAUCAAUGGCAUGUCCGGCAUACCGCCCAAGGCUACUCCAGUCACUGGAUAUGCUGCUUAUGUGAAGGAGCAUUUCGCGAAUCUGAAGAAGAGCAUGCCUGGAUCAAGUCAUAAGCAGGUUAUGGAAGCGCUUGGAAAGCAGUAUCGCGAUGAGAAAGCAGCGAAGGCUACUGGUGCUGUUGAUAUUGAUGAUGUGGCGAAGAAGCUCGGGAGUGUUCGCUUAGAUGAGCAAGAGGUCAUCGACUUGGAUUGAUGACUCGAAUGAUUCUUGCUGUAGCUGAAUAUGCCACGGCGCUCCUUGCAAGCUGGUCGAUAGCGGGAGAUAUAGACCUCUCGUAUG